AUGGGGGAGGAAGGAAAUGAGGUGCACCCUGUAUUCCACAAAGACCCUGAAGACUGGAUGCAGUACGUGUACAAACAGGUUCGAGUGCUAACGGCAGAUGGGGUGGAACACAUUGGCUGGGUCUACACUAUCGACCCCGUGUCUGAAACCUUCGUCUUGGUCCAGUUCGUAGACGAUCAGCCUCAGCUAGACAUCCUCAUGGGCCACGCCGUUACCAAGGUGAUUGUGAUUGAUGAGAACACAGAGGCACACAAGGAAAAACUUGACUGUCUGUUCCGCCCGGACAUGUUUCCGGCGAUGUCGUCUGAGGACGUGAAGAAACAGCAGAUGUUGGUGAAGUCGUGGCUCGACAAGAACCGCGUCCCCGUCCAGGUCAGUGGAGUGGGGGACGAGUUGCUCAUGAUUUCAGAUGCCCUGGUCAUUGAGCCACCUUACGGAGUGGGCAACUGCUGCAGCACAAAUGAGAUCAUCCUCAGCAGAAUUCAGGGACUCUUGAAAAACAUGCCUGAAAAUCUGGACGAGUGGUGACAUCUGCUUAAAGACGUACAACCUCCUUGCCACCUUCAUUAUACAUGUAUGUAGUGUGUCUGGUUCUUUUAGAACUAUUCCAGAAAUGACCACAAGUGGUGGGAGUGAAUAGUUUUUUCUUGAUCUUCACAAGCCAUGAAAUUACUAUGUAAAUGCGACUACAUGUAUUUGUAAUGAAGCUUUUACUUUAUUCAAUGAUAUUAUUUACUGAUGAAAAAAGUAAACAUUGUUUAAUAAACUCAUGAAUGUGUUUUAAUAACUUUUAAUUUCAAUUGAUAUGAACCGAAUCAUUUGCUGUUGACAAUGAAGUACAAGCAUGUCAUCAUUAGUAUUUAAAACAUACAUUGUAUUUAGCUGGUGGGUUUUAGUGUUAAAAUAUAAUAUGAAUAUUUUGUAUACAUUGUCAUGAUCAUGGAAUCAUUGUCGCAUUAAAUUCAUCAAAACAUU